UGUCAUGUAUGCAAGUAUGUAAGCCAGUAAUAAACCAGUUCUGAAGCAAGCCGGUCGUAUCAUUCGCUCCCGAAUACAACAUUGGCUGACGAGUUGUGAAGUUACCCGCGAGUUUAAAAAAUAUGUCGUUUUUAGGGAACUUAUCGGUUUUUGACCACAAAACUGGCGAUUGGUUGAUUUUUAAGGGAAAGUUAACAAAAUUCCUGCUUUUGAAUUACAUCGACGAUGCCAAUAAAAGUGCAGUGUUGUUAACAUACUUUUCGGACGAGUCGUACCGGCUGUUACGUAACCUCGUAUAUCCAGAUGACAUUGAAAAGAAAACGUACAAAGAAUUGGUUGAUGUACUCGAUAACCAUUUUAAACCUAAGCAGUGCUCGUUCGUCGAGAAGGCAAAAUUCUACGGUGCUGCAAGGAGUCCUGGUGAAACCCUAGGUGACUGGGCGGCGCGAUUAAGGGGUCUCGCAUGUUACUGCGAAUUCGGUGCCGCCUUAGACAUGGUUCUGCUGGACCGUUUCGUGCUCGGGUUGGGCAUGGGCCAUGUAAGGGAUAAGCUAUUUGAGCAAGAUUGUAAAAGUUUGACCUUCGCGAAGGCACUGGAAAUUGCGGAGAAGGCGGAGUGCGCACGAGAGGCAAAAAAGGUGGAUACAUCUGGCGCUGAUGUGAUAGUGAAGCAGGAGCCUGUGUUUCGGGUAGGCAGCGACGGUAGGUCGAGCGACAGGCCCGACCGCCGCGCGCCCGGCCGCGCGACCUCGGGCUCCAGUUCGAGAUAUCAGCGCGAUAGCGAUGUUCCUCGUUGUUCCGUAUGUGGAAUGAAAAACCAUAAUAGUGAUAAGUGUCGCUAUAAAAGUUUGCGUUGCCAGAAGUGUGGUGAAAAAGGGCAUUUAAAGAAAGUGUGUAAAGUUCGGGUCAAUUGUGUGGAAACUCAAGAUUCGGAAGAUCAAGACUGUAAGGAAUGUGAACUCUUUAACCUAAGGUAUGAAAAUUAUGCUCCUAUUAUUUUGCGUGUAAACAUAAAUAAUAAAGAAGUUAGUAUGGAACUCGAUUCCGGUUCUGGACUUUCCGUGAUUACAAAAAAAAUGUAUUUGGCUCAAUUUUCUAAACUACCUCUAAUAAAAACGUAUAUAAAAUUAUGUGUGUAUAAUGGACACAAAAUCACGCCCUUGGGUUAUUUUUCAGUUGAUAUUAAUUAUCAAGGUAUUAUAAAUAAAAUUAACAUUUACGUUGUUGAGAACGGAGGGCCACCGCUUUUAGGUCGUGAUUUUAUGUCCAAAUUUGGAUUUGAAUUGCGUCGAAUACAAACAAAUAAGCUGUCGGUGCAUAAUGAUGAAACCGAUGUGAAAAGUUUGAUUAGUGAGUAUGCCGAAUUAUGGGAGGAUGGUUUAGGCACAUUCAAUAAAUUUAAAAUAAAGUUAAGUCUUAAGGAAAAUACCGAACCUAAGUUUUUUAAAGCCCGAACCGUACCUUUUGCUAUAAAAAGUAAGGUAGAAGAAGAAAUUGAGCGGUUAAUCAAGUUAGGUAUUUUGGUACCGGUAAAUUUUUCAAACUACGCAACGCCUAUAGUUCCGGUUUUGAAACCAAACGGUAAAGUGCGUAUAGCGGGAGAUUAUUCGGUAACCUUGAAUAAAGACAUGCAUGUGGAUAGGUACCCAAUGCCGCGAAUUGAGGAAGUUUUUGCGAAAAUAGGAGGAGGCCAAUCUUAUACUAAGAUUGAUCUCAGUGACGCAUACAACCAGUUUCCUAUCGAGGAUAAAUCUCAGGAGCUUACUACCAUAAAUACGUCACGGGGGCUAUUUAAGUACACCCGCCUCGUCUAUGGUUUGGCAAAUGCGCCGGCCAUUUUUCAAAGGACGAUGGAGACGUUGCUAGCCGGUAUCGAAGGCGUGUCCUGUUGGAUUGACGAUGUAUGCGUCACAGGCAGCACUAGGGAACAACACAUGUCUAGAUUGCGUGAGGUACUUCAUAGACUACGGGACGCUGGCCUACGGUUGAAAAAAGACAAAUGCGAAUUUUUCCGCCCAAGUGUUACGUACCUAGGUUACGUCAUCGAUAGGUACGGCAUUAGAACGUGUCCAAAAAAGACAGAAGCAAUUUUAGGGGCACCUACACCUAAAAAUGUAAUGGAUGUACAAAAAUUCCUGGGAGCUAUAAAUUACUAUCGUAGUUUUAUUCCUAGCGCCGCAUCCACACUGAGCCCGUUGCACGAGCUGCUUCGUAAAGACGUUCCCUGGGAAUGGAAUGUUAGGCACGAAAAUGCUUUUAAUACGAUAAAGCGAGAAUUAGCUUCUGAUAGGGUGCUGACUCAUUUUGAUCCCGCGGCACGUCUGGUGCUCACAGUUGACGCGGGCCCCGGGGGCCUUGGCGCCUGGCUGGCGCAAGGCGCCGAGGGCCAUGAGAGACCGCUCGCAUUUGCCUCGAGGUCCUUAUCGGCGAGUGAAAAAAACUACAGCCAGAUCAAUAAAGAAGCCGCGGCUAUAGUGUUCGGUGUUAAACAUUUUCACCAAUACCUAUAUGGUCGCGACAUACCUUUUGUUCUUAGGACUGACCAUCAACCCUUGUUAGCCAUAUUUGGAAAAAAAAAUGGGAUUCCUAUUAUGGCGGCUUCGCGGUUACAGCGAUAUGCUAUUUUCCUGUCCGCAUACAACUAUAACAUCCAAUAUAUAACAAGUGAGAAGAAUGCCAUAGCGGACUACUUCUCAAGGUCACCCAUUGACACAGAUAGCGAACAGGACAAUUGCAGGGCCGGAUCAUACCUUAAUUUCAUUACAGAUAGUACACUGCCUGUCUUGUUCGAUGAUAUUAAGGAAGCUACCUUGAAAGAUAAGGUAUUGCAGAUGGUAUCGAAAUACAUUCGUUUCGGAUGGCCACGUAAGAUAAAGUGUAAAAAUAUUUUACCAUAUUAUAAUUGUAAAAAUGAUUUGGACGUAGAGGACGGUUGUGUUUUACGCGGACAUAGGAUUGUUAUCCCACAAAUAUAUCGGGAACAAUUGAUUAGGGAAUUACAUAAGGGCCAUUUUGGCAUAGUAAAAACAAAAAUAUUAGCACGGAGUAAGUUUUGGUUCCCGGGUAUCGAUUCGGAAAUCGAACGCAUGGUUCUCGCAUGUAGUACGUGCAGCGCACUACGCUCCGCGCCCGCGCGCGCACAAAUCCGGCCCUGGCCGCGCGCAUCCGCCCCGUGGGAGCGCAUACACAUCGAUUACGCUCAAUAUGAUCAGAAAGUAUUUUUAAUUGUAGUAGAUAGUUACAGUAAGUGGGUAGAAUGCAUAUAUAUGAAUGAUUUAUCCACAAAAACGCUAGUUAGUAAAUUAGCCAUGUUAUUCUACGUUUUUGGGUAUCCGUUAUUAAUUGUAUCGGAUAACGAUCCAAAGAUUAGUAACGAGGAAUUUAAAAAGUUCUGCCAGUUUAAUGGAAUAAAACAUCUAACUUCUCCUAUCUAUCAUCCUUGUAGCAACGGGCAAUCCGAAAUAUAUGUGAAAUUGUGUAAAAGAAUGUUAAAGUGCAUACUACAAAAAAAUUCAAAUUCGACGAUCAUGGAAAUAAAUAGGCAAUUAGCAAGGUACUUAUUUGAAUACCGUACUAUGCCGCACUGCGCAGCCGGUGAUUCACCGGCUAAAUUGAUGUUUGGUCGAGAUUUGCGCACACGUUUGCAUUUAAUUUUACCUAAGCAAAAACUUAAUAUAUCAAUUCUGGAUGUUGGCACAAAUAGGUGUAGAUUGUUUGAGGCUGGAGAGGAUGUCUGGGUUCGUUGUUACAUAUCCCAAAAACCUACUUGGCUAUUAGGUAGGAUUGUGAAUAAGUUAGGUAAUAGAAUGUAUACGGUAUUUGUGAACAGUCUCGGCAUAUGUAAACGCCAUGUUGAUCAAUUAAGACGUUAUUAUGCACCGAUCAGUACCGAUUUCGAUUGUCCUGAUUUGUCGUCACCAAAUAUUAUUAACUCAGAGCCGCCUCGGUUAAGUAUGGCUGAGCCAAACUCCGCAGAAGUGGAAGCGGUAAUGCCUAACUCUUCAAAUUCAUGCGAACGACAUAAAAUAAAUGAUGACCAUUUUAAAGGCAAAGAUAUUACCGAUUCUAUUAUGUCGGGUGGGGACAAACAGCUGAUCGCAGGUUCGGCGUCUGCGACGCCACAGUCGGGCCUCCAGCAACUUGUAAAUGCGGAGGGGUUGACGGAAGCGCGACACUCUCACUCCAACAGCGUUCCUACCGCUCGUACGGAGAAUGCGGACUCCUUGCCAUCAGCUGUUGUUACUAAUAAUGAUAACGCGGCAAUGUGUGAGUCUGGCGCUCGUCGCAUUAACUUGCGCCCUAGAGAUAAGGUUGUAAAUUAUAAGUUUUAGUUUGUAAGUUUCUGUUGUCCACGGUGUUACCUAGUGAUUAUUUAUUUGUUAUCAGGUUCCCUGAAUAAGCGUGGGAGGAGUGUCAUGUAUGCAAGUAUGUAAGCCAGUAAUAAACCAGUUCUGAAGCAA